CAACGAAAGAGAUGUGAAAUCGCAUCAGCAUCAUCGAAGCUGCUGGGUGUUCGUAUCGGUAUCGUAAAGUACUCCCAUACCGAAUUGUCCCGCAUCCAAGRUAUAUCGUUAUCAUAACCUUGUUUUUCCAUUCAUCGAGUUGGAACUACACAGUACUCCCGCAGCCACGGAAAAAAAAACCAAUCAUGACGACAAAUACAAAAUCAACAAUUUUUGCCCUUGCUUGCGUCGCCCUCGCCUCUUCAAGYGAGGGAUUCUCUGUAAGCGAAAAUUCUUCCUCUUCCAGACGGCAGGCCAUURGAUCAAUUCUUGGAGGCGGCGCCGCUGUGGUUGCAUCCACCCUUCUGCCACAGAAAUCGGUUGCCGUGGAAACAACAGAUAUUGACGAUUUUUUGCGAACGGGUGGCGUGUCGAUGCCCAUGGGGGUCUCGGGGCAGGCCGGAAAGUCAAAGCCCGAGACUGGCGUGUUGCUGCGAGAAGGAACUGAGAUUUCCAGGGAUUCCAAAUCAGGGAAUGUCCUGGCCGAGAUUUUGGUGAACGAGAAAGGCAGCGGAGAAAAAAUGGCGGUGGUAACGAGUUUUCAGUCUCCCUGGUCGCUUGGUAAGUGAAAAAAGUUGACGAAAUCGAAGGGGAUSGUGAAAUUGGAGAAAAGACGUGACAAAUAUCAAAUAAACUAGAUAAUUUAUCUUGGGAUCGGGAGAUGGAAGUACUUGGGGGGAUCUGAGUCUAGAGAGACAGAAGUUCCUUCCAUUUUCGAGGRCUCAUUUWACUUCUCUUUCUUUCUUCUUCGUGUGUGCCUUGGACAAAACGCCAAAUAGCUACCGGUGCUGUUUACGAUGUUGAAUGCCGCGACACAAAAACAGGAGAUGGCGCAUUUUUGGCGGUCACACCGGGUCUGAAUGGCGCAUCGCUUGCAGACGUGAAGGAUCAAUUUCUCAUUAAGUCUCUGUUUGGGCCACGAGGACGGUUCUCCUUUUACGGACAACCCACGGACGUCAAGGUCAAGAAGUCUUCGUUAUCGGGCGACGGUAGCUACAAGGUGCUAGACGUUAGCUUCUCGACCCUCAGCCAGGCGACUCAAACCGAGGUCCCCCGYCGGUCGCGAAUCGUGGCGACGCUGCCCAAGGGUAGCGACCAAGCGGUGAUGCUGGUAGGAAGUGCCAGCGCGUCGAGAUGGUCCAAGGGAGCCGACAAGACCGUGGGUGCGRCUGUGGAUUCUUUCCGGGCCACCGCGGCUCCGCAAUCGAACCUGAAGAUGCGGGCCGUCUCGAAGGAGCGCAACGCACUGUGAACAGAUCUGCCAACAACGACAACCAAUCAUACGACUGAACGCUGCACUAAUCUUUCGACUAUGAAACAACAUCCGACACCAACUACUUCCGGUGGUUUGUUCGAAAGACAGCCAAUCCUUCGCGGAAAUAUCUCCCCAGCCUGAUGACAAGCAACAAUAACUAUCCUGCAAUGAUUAUCAACUGCCUAUAGUAACAAAGAAGAAGAUGAAUUGUUUAGUAAUGAARAAUAUGCAAUCUUUUCAAUAAUUUUUGGAAAGGGAUCAGUUAUGGCGAACUAAAAAAUUCAAUUUUUU